GAAAUAUUUCUCCUAGGUCAUACAACUCCCCUCUCCAACCUCUUGAAGUUGACGCUAACAAGACGUUAGUUCUGAACCAGUCGGUUAAGAGUCCCGUCAGUGCUUUCCGAGCUCAUAGAAGCUUGUGACCACAAUAACUCAAGGUCCAGUGGGACGUGUGACGCUCAAGAGGACAAAGCCACCACAUGGAAGAUGAAACCGAGCGUGUUGAUCGAAAGUAAUACCGGAACCGCAAACGGAAAGAAGAUGAAACAGAUGACACUGAGUCUGUCGCGGACAGAGAAGAAGCAUGACAUCUCCCUGUCAGAAAGGUUCAAGGGGGGAGUUGCUGGUGGCAGCAAGCUAAGUGACGACGAGAAGGAUAUGGUCCUGCCCAGUCCUGACCGGCUAUCUAGGACGAGUUUUGUCUGGAAUGCCAAGUCUCUAGAAACAAUGGAAGACCCAGAUAUGACCGUGUUUAAUCCUGCUAUCACGAGCACGUGUCUUCAUGUGGAAAACAGUUAUGACAGGCUGCCGCAAGUACCAAAAAGUCCAAAGUACAAAUACCGAAGGGAUACUGUGCGUAAGAGGGAUGAACGGAAAAAACUGCCUGGGCAAGACUGUGAUCAGUGUGCGAAGUACUAUGAGGCAGCGGGUCUGGAUAACACCCAGGAAAUAAGAUCGCGGAUGAAUGCUUGCUCUAGGCACAGGGACAAGUACCAGAUACGAAUGAACACACCACCUGGAUUUUGGGAUCCAGUAUUACCAGCUUCUCCUUAGACGAGUACAGAAACUCAAAUUGUGAUCUAGUGUAGCAUAAUUGUGCUUCGAACUCAUAGGUAUGUAAUCACAUAAUUGUGUAUAAUACUUGUAUUAUAUCGCAUAACUUGUUCAUCAUCAGGUGUUGUAUGUUUAACACUUGUGAAGUGAUAAUAUUUUUGAGUAAUUUUGUUUAUUCUUCAUUACGGGUAACUUAGUAAAUAUAAUUGUAAAACAAAAAGUCUAACUUAGCUUUGUAGGAAAAUAGUUUCUUAUUGUUAUAAAUGUGAUAAAAAUGAAAAAUAUUUCUCAUCACAAUGUGCAGUUUUUUAAGUAUUUGAAUGUUCUUUUUCUGAAGCAACAUUUUUCUAAGUAUAAGUUGUUGAUGUAAUAUAUAAAUUUUGUUUGAACAUAUAAAUUAGGUUCUUUAAAAAAAACAAUGCUGAAUAAUUUUCAUUAUAUCAUAAUAUAAAUAGUCUCUAUUGAAGAAUUAAUAAGUGUAGAUAUGCAGGCAUGUCUAUAAGUCAUGACAUUCAUGAACUAAUUUGUGUAAAAAUAUUCUCAUUAGUACCACCACUGUAACACACAAAAGUGUUAAAUCUCGUAAAUUUGUAACCGUUCUUUGGGAUGUCCAAAGUUUUCUCUCAGGCCAUUUUUAACUGUAUGGAUGUGCUUUGGGUGUACUAUGUAGUAAAGAUCACUAGAUUUAAUUUUUUGUUUAAAGUU